GUUGAGUUGACAAGUCACACCAACACCAUCACUCUCUCUGCACUCUCUAGAGAUUCCUCGCCAUUUCUUUUUCUUCUAUAAAUGCUCCUCUUAAGUCUUUAACUCCACACACUUCUCUAUAUCUGUUACCCUUUUCUUCAGCUCUUAUCAUCACUUCUCUGGUUUUUCCUCUGGUUUUCUGCAAUUGUUCUUCUUCAGAAUCAGAAACCCACCUCUGAAAACCCCCAAGAAUUUUCACCAUGGCCAGCAUUGAAGCCAAGAUUCAGCAGAACCCACCUCAGAAAACCCAAAAUGUUUUUCUUGGAACCCAGAUUUUCAUGAGAACUUUCACAAUGACUGCUACAUUGGCUGCAACUUGGGUGACGGUCACAAACAAGCAGACCGCUCAGAUUGUCGGCAUAGAAUUUGAUGCUAGAUAUAACUAUUCCCCUGCCUUCACGUUCUUUGCUUAUGCAAAUGCUGUUGUAAGUGCCUUUUCUUUGCUGUCCUUGUUCCUUGUUUUCCUUUUCCAUCGCAAAGGCUCAAAUCCUGCCAACUACUUCAUCUUGUUCCUCCACGAUUUGUUGAUGCUGUGCUUGUUGCUUGCUGGAUGCUCUGCUGCGACUGCUAUAGGGUACGUGGGACAGUAUGGGAACAGCCACUCGGGUUGGGCUCCAAUCUGUGAUCACUUUGGAAAAUUCUGUAAAAGAGGGACCAAUUCUGUGGUUCUCUCUUACUUGUCUGUCAUUUUCUUGCUCAUGCUUACCAUCAGCUCGUCCACCAAGUCCAGACAGAUUCUGGUUUAGAUCUUCUAGUUCUGUUCUUCUUGCUGUUGUUGUUGUAGAAGAAGAAGAAGUUUUAUUUUCACUGUGUUGUAGAAGUUGACUUGUGAUGAAAUGACGUAGAUCUUUGUAAAA